UCUCGCGGUGACAUCAUCUCACCUCUCGCACUAUAAAAGGCGAUCUCUGAGAUCUCGCGAUCUCUUCCCUACUCCCAACAUGGCGGAAAAAUCAGAGAAAGAAAACCCAAUGCGCGAGCUGAGGAUCCGCAAGCUCUGCCUGAACAUCUGUGUUGGUGAGAGUGGUGACAGACUGACCCGGGCAGCCAAAGUGCUGGAGCAGCUCACCGGUCAGACUCCUGUUUUCUCCAAAGCGCGUUACACUGUCAGAUCCUUUGGUAUCAGGAGGAAUGAAAAGAUUGCUGUUCAUUGCACAGUGCGUGGAGCCAAAGCUGAGGAGAUCCUGGAGAAAGGACUAAAGGUCAGAGAAUACGAAUUGAGGAAGAAUAACUUCUCUGACACCGGAAACUUUGGGUUUGGAAUCCAGGAACACAUUGAUCUGGGAAUUAAAUAUGACCCAAGCAUUGGAAUCUAUGGACUGGAUUUCUAUGUGGUCUUGGGCCGGCCUGGUUUCAGCAUUGCUGAUAAGAAGCGAAAAACUGGUGUCAUUGGCGCAAAGCACAGAAUUGGCAAAGAGGAGGCAAUGCGUUGGUUUCAGCAAAAGUACGAUGGAAUCAUACUCCCUGGAAAGUGAGCUGCUUCUGUCUUCAAAACUCAAUAAAAAUUUCUGAUAAAACUUUA